AUGACCUUUUCUGCAGCCGUCCUCCCGGCCCUCCAGCUCGCUGCGGCCACCGUCCUGCUGACCGGUGCUGCCAUCCUGCUCUAUCUCCGCUUCUUCUACGUCGACAUUGCACGCGUCCAGGGCAUCCCCGAGGUGCCGGGCGCCUCGCUGCUGUAUGGCCACCUGCGCAUUCUCGGCGACGACCAGCCGACAACGAUGCAGCGCUGGGCCACACAGCACGGCUGGCCAGUCUUCCAGAUCCGCCUGGGCAAUCGUCGGGUGAUCGUGCUGAACGGCUUCGACGCGGCGCGCUCGUGGCUGAUGGCCAACCAGGCCCACACCAUCGACCGACCACGCUUCUACACCUUUCACGGCGUCGUGUCCAAGACGUCGGCCGCGACGAUCGGCAGCAACCCGUGGGACGAGCGGACGAAGAAGCAGCGCCGCGUCGUCGGCUCGCUGACCACCGCCCCGGCUAUCCGCCGUCUUGUCCCCCUGGUCGACCUCGAGACUGCCGAGAUGGUGGCUGCGCUCUGCGACGACGGUCAGGCCGGCGCCCGUGUCCUGGUGCCGCACAUUUACGAGAAGCGUCUCGCCCUCAACGUCGUCAUGAUGUUCUGCUACGGCCGCCGCUUCGACGAUGUGCGCGACCCCUUGCUACACCAGAUCCUCAGCGACGCCAACGUCAUCUCCAGCUUCCGCUCCACCAACGCCAACUGGCAGGACUACCUGCCCUUUCUGCGCUACGGCGUCUUCCAGGACCGGCGCCGCCUGCGCCAGGCUGCUGAGGUCCGGGCCCGUCGCGAUGCCUGGCUCGAGCUGCUCCUGCAGGAGGUCCGCGACAAGAUCGAUGCCGGCACCGUCGGCAGUUGCGUCGCGGCCGGCCUGCUGACCACCCAGGACGAGAAGCUGACCAAGGGCGAUGUCAAGACCAUCUUGGGCGGUCUCAUGUCCGGAGGCUUCGAAACCGUCUUCUCCACGGCCAUUGCCGGCAUUGCCUACCUGGCCUCGCCUGCCGGCCAGGUCCUGCAGGAGAAGGCGUACCGGGAGAUCAUCGAGACCUAUGGCACGACCGAGAAGGCUUUCGCGCAAGCCGUGAGCGAGGAGACGUGUCCGUACAUGGUGGCUUUUGUGCGUGAGACCCUGCGCCACUACCCGCCACUGCAUCUGCUGCCGCCGCGCCAGACCAUGGACGCGUUCGACUGGGGCGACGCCCACAUUCCCAAGGGCGUCAUGAUCCUGGUCAACACCCAAGCAGCCAACCACGACACAUCCACCUACGGAGCCGACGCAGACCAGUUCCGGCCGGAGCGAUGGCUCAAGGGCGGUGCAGCACACGACACGCCGGCGCCGUUCCAGUGGGCCUUUGGAGCCGGGUCGCGGGUGUGCACGGCGGUCUCGUUUUCGAACCGGAUCCUGUACGCGGCCUUUGUGCGGCUGGUGGUGACGUAUCGGAUCCGACAGGGCAGCACGGCGGCGCUGCAGCCGUGCACGGACUAUGUGGGCUACAACCGCAACACGGCCGCGCAGAGCGCCAUCCCGCGCGACUACGAGGCGACGUUUGCGCUGCGCGACCGGGUCGGGUACGAGGCGUGCAUGGCGCGGUCGCGCGACAGGGCGCAGCAGGCGACCAACGGGAUAGUGCGGUAG